UGAGCUGUUUUGGGGUGAGGCGGUACGUUUAGGGGUGCACAACUUUCUCCGUGUUUGCGCAGUUUUCCUGCGUUUUUACACUGCGAAGUGACUCGAGUCGACGGACGUGGAGCCGCGGCGAAGUUUGGAGAUCAGCGGAAACACCCGUGCGGGCCCGACACGCCGCACAGUUGUCACGCUCUACACCGACUCAUGUGCGGUUUACCCGUCGGUGCGGGGCAAAGAAAGUUAUGGACAUGUUUUCCUGGAAGUGCAUAGCUUCACGGACACACCGUGCAGCACCGAAACCGCGGUGUUAAAGCGCGUCUACAGUCUGCGCGGACUUUGGAGUGUCAUUUUGUUUUCCUGUGUUGAUUGUAAAGCCGCCUGUUCGCCAUAUUGUGCGCUGUGGAACUCGAGGGAAAGUUGUCAAGAGUUAUGACAUUUGCUGCGCACUAUCCCUUCACGGGGCUGCAUGCAGUCGACUUUGAUCAAAGUGACUUCAUGGAGCAGACCAUGGAAAGUCCUGCGCACUAGUGAUAAGGUCUGGCAGCCCGAAGAGGAUGUGAAGAAUGGACAACACACCUCAGAUUUGACUUGUGAAAGGAGGAUUGCAUAUUCCCCACCCUGCACUUUCCUUUGGGAUUUAUAUUUCCUCCCAAAUACCUCUGUAUACAAACAAACGUUAAACAAAGAAUUUCUCAACCACAGACGGCAGCGAUCAGACUGCGACUGCUGAAGCCCAGUUUUCCUCAACACAAUAAUCAUCUUUGUCAGCUCUAGAGUUUUUCCACAUCUUAUAAUAUUAUUAUGAGUCUCCCUCAAGUUAAUGCUGACAAGAGCGGCAAGCACCGGGCUGCAGCCAUGAAGGAGACUGUGCAGCAUUCAGGGGAGGUUUAUUAUGGUAUGGCGCCUCCUACUUUAGAGUCAAGCCACAGUGACUCUGCCAGCAGCUCUGGAGUUUACAACCCAGAGAAAGGGCCCCAAAGUUUACCACACUACCAACAGGGUGCUCCAGUAAAGUGGAUGCCCCAGGACUCCAGCUGGUCUCAGGAAGGCCCUGUGCCAGCCUGGGGGCAAAACUUUGGUCCCUACAUGGGUGGAGUAAACGUCAGGGGCCACAUGGCAUUCCAUAAAGGAGUCCAUGAAGGUGUAGCUCUCCCAAUGGGGGGAGAAAAUCAACUACCGGGGUCUGUUGAAGUCUACAGAGAGACCAACCAGGCUCAAGGUCAGGGAAGAGGGCUUGAGUGGGAGCAGCACACUGUGGCUGCAAUGCACCAAGCUCAGCUUCAAGCAUAUCAGCAUAAAAGUGUGGAGCUCCAGGGCCAGGCCCAUGUGCAGCCCCACGCUAUGCAGGGGCCAAUGCUGCAGCCCUUCCAGACAACGUAUAGACCCAAUAAGCAGCAGUUCUCAUCUGGGUAUUACUCUGUGUUUCCGGGAAACAAGGCAAUGCCAAGUCUGGCCUACAGUGAGCAACCUAAAACUCAACAACUGCUGCUGCAGCAACAGCAACAACAACAGCAGCAGCAGCAGCAGCAACAACAACAACAAAAAAUGCAUCAUCACCACCAGCAACAGCAACAACAGCAGCAGCAACUGCAGCAACAGCAUCACAUUCAGCUGCAGCAGCAGCAGCAGCAUUUGCAGCAGCAACAGAUCCAACAGCAUCAAAUGCAACAGCAGCAGCUGCAGCACAUGCAGCAGUAUCACCAGCAGCUGCAGGGGCGGCAGCAACAAAUGCAGCAAAUGCAACAGCAACAAAUGCAACAACAAAACGUGCCACAGCAAGAUGCAACGCAACUACAGGUGCAGCCGAAACAGCAGCAGACCCAGAACUUUGCAGCUUAUCAGUCUCCUGAUUCUUGUCCACCUGAUCUGAAAAAGGAAAAUGUCAUGUCAGUGGAGCUGCAGCCACAAACUUGUGACACGUCUGCCGCACAUGAACCGUGUCCUGAAAAGGUCACCACAGAUCCUGCUGAGACCUCAGGUUCACAGGCAGCCGCCCCUCGACGCUCACGUCGCCUCUCUAGAGACGGACAUUCCCCGUUGGGUCCUCCUACAACAAACAUCUGGUCUCAAGGCCCCAAAGAGCCUUUGCUGUCCCAGAAUGGGGUAGCGGCCACACAGAGGGCAGAGGAAAGCCAAGUGACAACAGGCGGGGUCAUCCAAAUCAGCCGUCGGAGGAGGAGGGCGUCUAAGGAGAUCAACUUGGAGACUCUUGCACAGACAGCAUCCGAAAGGCAAAAAAUCAUCAAGGAGGACAGUUCAGGCCGACAGACCAUGGUGCCCCUGGUCAUCCCCGUCUCUGUGCCGGUGCACAAAAGUCAGACCAAUCCUCAGGGAGGUUGGGCUCCGGGACGGCCCGGCCCAGCCGAGAGGCCUGCGGGACAGGCCGACCACAAACUGUCUGUCAUUGUGGCUCGCCGCCGAUCGCUGCGAAACUCGUUGUCUGAGAGUUUCGGUCAGGAUGGACAGAACGAUCCGGGGCUGGACGAGGAUGGAAAACCCAAAUUUAAGCGCCGCCCCCGCCCUGAGCCUCUCAUCAUCCCUCCGCCUAAACCGUCCACCUUCAUCCUUCCGUCCAUCUACUCCAGCAUCACUUCCUACCAGAGCAACCUGCGCUCCCCAGUCCGCAUGCCGGACAACCCCCUCACGCUGCCCCCCUACACUCCUCCGCCCAUCCUCUCUCCGGUGCGUGAGGGCUCAGGACUCUAUUUCUCCACCUUAAUGACCAACAUGGCUGUGGGCAACCAAAUUUUGCCUCCGCCAGCUACGCCCAAGUCUGCAGCACGCAGCCUGUUGCGCUCCACAAGUUCAGAUAUCACGCCCCCGGUCCUGCCAUUAAUCAGUGAUGCCACACCAGUUAGCCUCGAACCACGGAUCAACAUUGGACAGCAUUACCAGGCAGAAAUCCCAGUUUUGCAGGAUCAACUCUCCUCCCAGUUGGACCAGCACAAGGCCGACUUGGUCUGGACCCCCGUGGACAACUCGCAACUCAAACACGGUCACCAAGAAAGCAUGGGCGAUUUGAUGAACAUGGCGUGCUCCAGUGUGCUCAGAGGGGGAGGAACCAACCAGGAGCUGGUUUUACACUGUUUACAUGAAUGUGGAGGUGAUUUCCUUGAAACUUUGGGACGUUUGAUGCUUCAGGACCCGCUCUUCCCCAAAGGCCAUCACCUGGCAGAAUAUCACUACUCAGGCUCCGACAGAUGGACCGCAGAGGAGAAGCGCUACUUCAAUAAAGGGAUCUCUGCCUACAGGAAGGACUUCUUUAUGGUGCAGAAACUGGUUCAGACCAAGUCUGUGGCGCAGUGUGUAGAGUUCUACUAUACGUACAAGAAACAGGUGAAGAUCGGCCGCAACGGGAUCUUAACCUUCGGGCCUCCAGAUUCACCAGUGGAGAAGCACACGGAGGCCGUGGUGGACGUCAAGAGUUCCCAGCAGUCGAAACUGACUGUAGGAGAGACGGACAACAAAAUGCACAUUUCUUAUGAACAGAUCAGUGAGAGCAGCCAGAAGGCCAGAGUCGCUCAGUCACUACAGGCACAUGACUAUGCCGGAACCGUGCUGGUGAUCAAAGAGCCAGAGAUGGCGAACAGGGAGGCUCAUCUUCCCUCAGUUGCUCACAGACCUCCGGCUGAGGCCGCGGCAAAGAAGAGCAGAGCACCGCCGAAGCCCCCGCAGGAUCCAGACGCGGUGUUUCCGUGCAAGAAAUGUGGCAGGGUGUUUUCUAAAGUGAAGAGUCGGAGCGCCCACAUGAAGAGUCACGCCGAGCAGGAGAAGAAGGCUGCAGCGCUGCGCCAGAGGGAGGAAGAGGAGCACGCAGCGGCUCAGGCUCGAGCCAGGAAGGCAGCCGCAGCAGUGGCGGCGGCGGCGGCAGCAGCAGCAGCACAAGCGGCGGCGAGUCAUCAGGGAGGAAAUGGGAAUGGAUUGACGGAACACGCAGAGGUCAGCAGCCACGAAGAGUCAUCUGCGGGAGAAGACGACGACGGCGACGAAGACUGGCACUGAGAGGCCUGGAAAACAAAUGAAAAUCAAUGAGACUGAUUGAUUAAUAUGCAAGGAAACGAGGGGAGACUGAAUCUGAGAGGGAGGAAUGAAGCGUACUCAGUGACAGGGAGCAGCACAAGAGAAACAAGUCUUCUCACUCGUCGACUGACUGGACCUGUCGGUUUGACCAUGAACUCAGCUUUACUCACCAUUACACCAGGCAGUCACAGUCCCGACUUUACACGUUUGUAUCUUUUAAAUAUUCAGAGAAAAAGUCUAUUUUUUUGUAAGUGCACUUAUUAUACUGUAUGCUUCUGCUUUUCGCCAACGUUGCCUUUUUUUAUAUCCAUUUAUUUAAUGGAAUAUGUCAAAAAAACAAACAAAAAAAAAACAAGUUGUACUUUUUUCUCCGUCGUGCGCACUUGGUAGACGAUGACGAGUGGAAGUCACUCCAGCAACAAAACCAGAUCAAAAAAACAAUCACUUUAAAGACACGGAAACUCUUUUUAAAAUAAAGAAGUGUUUGUAUUUAAUAUCUUUUCUCUUGCGGAAACCCUUUUACAUUAUUACCAUUGUGAGUUUUAGGUCGGUUGUACACACACUUUUACAACUAAGGGACUGUUUUUUCGAAAUGAAUAUGUAAAGAAAAAAAAUUAUAUAUAUAAGAUUGCCAUAUAUUUAUGACACUGCAUUUUCCAAUGAUUUUGAUAAUAUAAAAAAAAAAAACAAUCAUGUCAGCUGCAAUAUGACUUGUCAAUUGAAAAGUUUAUUAAAAUCUUAAAAACAG